AUGAUAGAAGGGCCUCUUUCCAGAGCUCAAAUAGAACAUGAUGAGAGAAAGAGCAUAGAUGUCUACCUUCUCAUUGUAGUUGGGAGUCCUUACAACUUCAGGCGCCAUGUAGUUGUGUGUCCCCACACCAAGAGUCAUGGUGCUCAUAGUGCUGUUGGCACGCAACAUGUUCCUCGGGCCACUCGGGCCACUCGGGCCACUCGGGCCACUCGGGCCAUGGCCAUUCUCUCCUUCUCCUCGUCUGAAUCCCAUGAUUUUGGAAGUGCCGAAGUCUGUGACCUUCACGUCCAACGUCUUCGUCAGAAGAAGAUUCAGUGGUUUCAAAUCGCGGUGGACCACUGGAAACUUGUGAAGGAAAGCUAA